CCGAAUCCACGUCUCGCAUCCAUCCGCCUGAAAUAGGAAACCCCACGCGAUGGCAACGCGAUCCCCUCCGCUGCCUAUUCGCCGUCGCCAAGGAGAGUCUCCAACUCCAAUCCAUCCGUCUCCGCCGAAUCGCCGAGUCCCCAACUGCAGGAAAGCCCGAAACCCUAACCUCGACGAGUGAUUUGUAUUUUGUUAGGGUUUCGAUUCUUUUGCUGCUUUGAUUUCAACCGUCCUACGGCGCGAAGAUGAAGAGGCGGCGGCGCUCCAAGAACCGCAAAUCUUCUGGACCCGCGGCUCCCGCCGCCUCUUCUCGGUCAGGAGAACCCACCUAUCCUCAUAGAUCUGGAGAAGGUAUUGUGCCAGCAUCCUUAAGGAAGGCUGAGGUAGAAAGCUGGCUACAUGAUGAUUCCACCAGCAGCAGCAGCCGGUCAGGAGUUGCACAAGAAGAAGCCCCAUUUAAUGAGGAGGAAACAAGCUUGCUUCUUAAGAUGGACAAGAAGCCGAAAUCAACUUGUUCUAGGGCACGUGGCAAGAUUGCACAUGAUGAACAUGAGAAGCCGAAAUCAACUUGUUCUAGGGCACGUGGCAAGAUUGCACAUGAUGAACAUGAAGAUGGACAGUCUGACAAAAAACCUUGUUCUGCAGUUGAAGAUGAACAGCAUUCAGGCAAGAUUGGUGUCCAUGCCAUUGAAGAGCACAAACAAGAACAAGGGAGUGCAAGAGGAGAUGUGCAGGCCCUCCUCGACAUGGAUGAUGAAACCAUCCAGGAAAAGAUUUUGUGUUUAAGCAAACGCCUAAGCCUAAAAUUUGUUGAUCCUGAGUUUUGUGGUUAUGGUCCUGAAUACGAGCCAGAGCAGCUCAGGGAGUUGUACGAGCAGUUAGCCUUGUACCGCAUCAGAGCUUAUGAGUUAACAGUGGAUAGGAAGCUGACUGAACUGGAUGAUGUGAAUCUGAAACUGCAUUACCCUCCGUCCAAACUUUAUAAUAACAGUUUUUUCGAGUACUAUGAGGACAGCCUUGAAUGGUACUUCGAUCUUGAGCGCUGCAGGAACGCUCAGUAUGAUAACUACCAGCGGCUAGUGCUUCGCGCUCCUGGAUAUUUAGAUUGGGAUUUCUACCACAAAAUUAUUCACACUUACGAACAAGACCAAGCAUAUGUACAGUACUUUGAAGAGGUAGCGAACCGGACCAAGUGGGUUGAAGAUUAUCUGGGAGACAGCACAAUUCAGUGGGAAAGAGUUAGAGGUCUGGCUUACAUGCAAGCACUGGAGGUUGCAGCAGGCUUUCCCGAUGUUUCCCCAUUUUUAGUUUCCUACGGUUUCCCGGAGUAUAUCUGUAGCAUUAGGUCUGAUUCUUCUUACAAGAGAUUAGAUGGUCUCUAUUUUGAGAUUUGGAAGCGGGUUGCUAAAGGAAAAGUUAGUACCUCAAUGAGUUUCGAAGAAGCCUUGUUGGAAAUACAUAGCAAAGACAUGUUUCCCUUGCGCAGUUCUUAUAUUAAACAUGAGCUUGAAAACACUCCAGGCAGAUUCCCAAUAAAAGAUUAUUAUGAUGCCCAUGUGGCUGGCAUUGACAAAAUGGCCGCAGAUGAUAAAGCUCGGCAGUUGAUAAGAGAGGCUGUUGUAAAAAUAGCUUCACCUUUGAAACGAAAGUUCUAUUUGGAUUAUGCCAGGAAAAAGUUGGAAAUUGCAAGAGAUAUUGAUUUGAUUCCCAAAGGAAGGAGAGGUUCUGAAUCACUAUGGUAAGAGGAAGGGUCCCUCCACAGGGCAAGGGAGACGAUGGCGAAACAAAGGUGGUGGUGUGGCUGUCAGAAAGAAAUUGUGGCUUUAUUUAGUCUUAUGGGUUUUGAGAUUGUUUUUAUGUAGUAUAAUAGUUUAAUUGUUCUGAGAUAUCUACUAUCCAGCAUAUCCUUGGCAGCCGAUAUAAUAUAACCUACACUGAGAUUGAUGUAUCAGCCAAGGGCGUAGUACUUCAACCCUCAGUUGUUGAAAGUGUUUUCAGAUCAACCAUUUGUGACUCGAUAACAGUUAAACAUGCGUUUACGAGCUUAUCAAAUUUGAUUUUAACCUUUGGGUCU